AUGGCGACUGAAGUGGGGAGGAGAAAAAGAGAGGAGAAAGGACCCAGUGUGAGCUCCAGCGAACAAGUUCACCCAUCUGAACUGAGGAUCUUCCUUCUCGGAGCACUGGGGGUGGGGAAGAGUUUCACUGGCAAUACGAUCUUGGGAGGCUCGGUGUUUGAGUCCGAGUACUCCAUAACCAGCGAAUGUCAGAAGCGAGAGGGCAUGGUGGCUGGGAGGCGGGUGGCAGUAGUUGAAGUCCCAGACUUAUUCCAUGCGGCACUGACGAGGGACAAGACUCUGGCCGAGAAGUGCCUGGCCCUCUGCUCUCCGGGGCCGCACGCUUUCCUUCUCGUCGUGCGGGUGGGGAAACUCACGACGGAGGAGGAGGACGCUCUGGAAGUGAUCCGGAAUGUCUUCGGGGAGGCGGCUUUGAAGCACACGAUGAUCCUUUUCAGCCACGGGGACGAGCUGAAGGGCCAGACGAUUUAGCAGCAUGUCGAAGAAUCCGGGGACGACCUGAAGAAACUGCUUGAGAAAUGUAGCAACAGGCAUCAUGUCCUCAACAACAAGAACGUGAGUGAUAGGCUGCAGGUUACCCAACUGCUGGAGAAGAUUGACCGGAUGGUGGAAGAGAACGCUGGCUGGUACUACACAAAGAACAUAUAUCAGGAGACCGAAGGAGCAAUACGACUGAAGGAGCAGCAGUACAAGGAGGAAUGAUUCCAGAGAGAAGAGGAGUUGAAGUAGCAGCAUGAAAAUGAACUGAAAGAAAGAGAGAGGAGAACAGAGUAGGAGUUGAAAAUUAGAUUUGAGGAUGAACUGUUCAGGAGAGAGCAGGAGCUGGAGAAGAGGUUUCAGGAUGAACAGCCCAGGAGAGAACAGGAGCUGGA